AUGGCUAGACAGAGGACUGUGGCCGGGAUCGGGCCCGGGGCCCUGCUGGCUCUGCGCGCUCUGCUGGCCGCCGCGCACCCGCAGUGCUUGGACUUCAGGCCGCCCUUCCGGCCGCCGCAGCCGCUGAGCUUCUGCGCGCAGUACUCCGCCUUCGGUUGCUGCACGGCGGAGCAGGACGCGGCGCUGGCCCGGCGCUUCCGGGCCCUGGAGACCCGCAUGGAUGCCGGGGUGUGGGCGACGUGUGCCGGCUACGCACUGGACCUGCUGUGCCAGGAAUGCUCGCCCUACGCAGCCCAUCUCUAUGAUGCCGAGGAUCCGGCCACCCCACUUCGGACAGUGCCUGGUCUAUGUGAGGAUUAUUGCCUGGACAUGUGGCAGACCUGCCGAGGCCUCUUUCGACACCUUUCCCCUGACCGUGAGCUCUGGGCCCUGGAGAGUAACCGUGCCAAAUUAUGCCGCUACCUGUCUCUAGAUGACACGGACUACUGUUUCCCAAGCCUGCUGGUCAACGAGAACCUCAACUCGAACCUGGGCCGUGUAGUGGCUGAUGCCAAGGGCUGCCUGCAGCUGUGUUUGGAGGAGGUGGCCAAUGGACUUCGAAACCCGGUGGCCAUGGUACACGCUGGGGACGGCAGCCACCGCUUCUUCGUGGCAGAGCAGGUGGGGCUGGUGUGGACCUACCUGCCUGACCGCUCCCGCCUGGAGAAGCCCUUCCUGAAUGUGAGCCAGGCAGUGCUUACGUCACCCUGGGAAGGAGAUGAGCGUGGCUUCCUGGGCCUUGCCUUCCACCCCCGCUUCCCGCAUCCCAGCAAGCUCUAUGUCUACUAUUCUGUGGGGGUCGGCUUCAGAGAGUGGAUCCGUAUCAGCGAGUUCAGAAUCUCAGAGGAUGAUGAGAACACCGUGGAUCACGGCUCAGAGAGGAUAAUCCUGGAGAUUGAAGAACCAGCUUCCAACCACAAUGGGGGCCAGCUGCUCUUUGGAGAUGACGGAUUCCUCUACAUCUUUACUGGAGACGGCGGGAUGGCUGGAGACCCCUUUGGGAAGUUUGGAAACGCUCAAAACAAGUCGGCGCUGCUGGGCAAGGUGCUGCGCAUCGACGUGGACCGCAAGGAGCGCGGCCUCCCCUACGGUAUCCCUCUCGACAACCCGUUCGUGGACGAUCCCGGAGCGCGGCCCGAGGUCUAUGCCUUAGGCGUGCGUAACAUGUGGCGCUGCUCCUUCGACCGCGGAGACCCAGUGUCUGGCACUCACCGUGGCCGCCUGUUCUGCGGGGACGUGGGCCAGAACAAGUACGAGGAGGUGGACCUGGUGGAGCGGGGCCGCAACUACGGCUGGCGCGCUCGCGAGGGCUUCGAGUGCUACGACCGCAAGCUGUGCGCCAACGCCUCCCUCGAUGACGUGCUGCCGAUUUUCGCCUACCCGCACAAGCUGGGCAAAUCGGUCACGGGAGGCUACGUGUACCGGGGUUGUGAGUACCCCAACCUCAAUGGCCUCUACAUUUUUGGCGAUUUCAUGAGCGGGCGACUGAUGUCUCUCCGAGAGAACCCAGAGUCAGGCCAGUGGAAGUACAGCGAGGUCUGCAUGGGCCGUGGACAGACCUGUGCUUUCCCAGGCCUCAUCAACAACUACUACCCAUACAUCAUCUCCUUCGCCGAGGACGAGGCUGGGGAGCUGUACUUCAUGUCCACCGGUGUGCCCAGUGCCACAGCUGCACGAGGGGUUAUCUACAAAGUGACCGAUCCCUCCAGACGGGCGCCUCCAGGGAAAUGUAAGAUACGCCCUGCUCAGGUGAAAGUGAAGAGUCACCUCAUCCCCUUUGUGCCCAAGGAAAAGUUCAUUCGGACGUCAGAGAGCACUCCGCGCCCCACAGCCCGCGCUCCCACUAAGGCGCCACGCCGGAGGCGCCCCACGGCUGCUCCCCCUGCGCCCACUCUGCGACCAACAAAGCCCGCAAGGCCCACCCGGCGACCAGGAGCCCGGAAGGGAGGCGGGCGACGGCGGGGACGUCCAGGUACCGCAGUUCCCGAACCUCAGAACGGCUCGGUGCGCCUGGUACGGCCCGCAGGCCUGAGCCCGGGCCGGGGCCGCGUGGAAGUGUUCAUAGGCGGACGCUGGGGCACGGUGUGCGACGACGCCUGGGACAUCAAGGCGGCCGCCGUGGUGUGUCGCCAGCUGGGCUUUGCACACGCGGUGCGAGCCGCCAAGCGCGCGGAGUUUGGCGAAGGCCGGGCGCUGCGGAUCUUGCUGGACGACGUGCGCUGCGCGGGCAGCGAGCGCAACCUGCUGGAGUGCGCGCACGCUGGCGUGGGCACGCACAAUUGCAAACACGAAGAGGACGCUGGCGUCGAGUGCAGCCACGAAGACCCGGACCUGUAGCCUUACCUCUCCUACCUGGUGGUGCUACCUGGCGAGUG